AAGUAAAUAAAUUAAAAAUGCGAAAAUAAAUCAUAAAUUAUACACGUUUCCGCCACUUCCUAAAAUUUCUAUAAAAAUAAUAAUAAAUGGGAGGAAAGAGAUAAACGCAUGCUUUGAUGUAAAGAGGGAAACUGUUUUGACUAGGCAUUUACUUUACAUUUAAUUUUAAAACUAUUUAUCAAAGAACUCCUAAAAUUCGAAAGGGAUAUAAUUUUGAAACUAAAUAAAAUGGCCAAUACAGACGACUUCAAGUUUGUGUCACACAAAAAGAAUAGAAAGAAAUUUAACAGCCAUCUCAGGCCUCCGACAAGUAAACCGAAAGUUGACUUUGAUGAAAGCAGAAAUGAGAACUUUGAUCUUCAAAGAUUUUCAAAACAACUUAAUGCUUGCAUGUAAGCGUAAGAAUGAAGUAUUAAUAAUUUAGUUAUAGUUAUAACAUAUAUCUGAAUUAGUUAAUAUUCAAUCACUAUCUGAAUGAAUGAGUAUGACUCCGCUCCUUGUCCUAGUCCAGUCUAAGCCUUAAACUUAAAUCUUACUUUUUAAGGCUGGUUAAAACAUACACUUUAUAGGUGUACCUAGCAAAAUCUUUGGCUGUGGCCUGCUACACCAUGACCAUAGCAGUAUGUGCAGAAAAACCAUGGUCUCAGCCAGUCUUUAAAACUUUGCCCUAGGGCCCUAGUCUAACACUACUAACAGGUACUUGUAAAAUUAAUGUUUAUAUUUAUACUAUACUAUGCUCUUGUUAAAAGAAAUAUUUAAAACAAAUUAUCAUAGAAUAAAAUUAUCAAGAAUAAACAAAAGUAUGAUUUUGUAUUUUUAUUAUUAUUAUGCGCAGGGCUUUAGUCCUGCAGCAACGCAUGUUAUGCCGAAUGACGUUACUGUAACUGUAAUAAUUUUUUGCCGUCUGCUAAGAAAUAUAUAUUAUUUUAUAAGUAUUGGGUAAGUUCCACACUUUUGUGGCAAGGUACUUCAAAGUACUUGUAAAGAGCAAAGCAUUUCUUAGUAUUUUAUUGGUUGUAUCUGGCCCUUUUGUAAGUAUAACUAUAACACAUUUUAUAUCUUAACUUGUGGCGUACCCCCCAGAGGGAAGCAAUUUGUAGAUUAUUGGCAUAAUAAGUUUUAAAAAAUUAUUUGACAUUUAUUGUUAUUAUUUAUAUUAUACAGUGGUACCUCGUGCUACGAACUUAAAUCAUUCCAGAACUCGGUUCGUAACCCGAAACAUUGAAAUCAAUGAAACAGACAAUCCAUUUCUGGAUGAAAGAAUCAUUCUUUUUUAUUAACAUUGGUAGUUCACAUGAUGAAAUGCAAAGAAUGCGUGAACUUCACGUAUUAAAUAAAUAGAAAGAAAACAACCAAUUAAAUUAAAUGUAAAAUAAAAAAGAUUUUGUCUAUGUUUCUUACCAAGAAAAUAAUCUUUGGAAAUUGGUCCCUUUCUUUGCUAUUCUGAAUCAUUAGUUUUAGGACUUUCUUGGCAGCCAACUGGGAAUCUUUCUGCACCAAGAAACUAUCGAGGAAAAUGUAAACCUCCCUCCCUCUCUCUCCCUCUCUCUCACACACACCUUAGUUCAUAACCUGAGGCACUGUUCAUUAUCCGAGACAAAAUAUUUUCAAAGCUUUUGCUCGUAACCCGAAUUGUUCGUGACCUGAGGCGUUCGUAACCCAAAGUACCACUGUAUUAUGCAUUCAAAUUUAUUUCUAAAGAUUUACAUAUAAAUAAUAUGAAAAAUAAUCUUGAAUUAUAAUUGAUGGGCAAAACUGGAUUUGGUGCAAAAAUGACUAAUUUUUUUGUUAUGGAGAAAUCUACUUUUAUUAUAUACGUGAUAUCUAUACAUUUUAUACUAAAUUUUUUUUUUAGGUUAGAGAUUACAGAGUCUGAUUUUUUUAGGGAAUCCUUUCGUAUGUAUCUUUUUUAACUCUAACAAUUAAAAAGAUUUGACAUUAUAAUAAAUUACAAUAAAAUGCUACAUACUUAAGCCUACUAUAAAUGUCCUGCGCUAGCGCUAGCCGGUUUGAAUUUUUAUCCCAGUUUGGUAAAAUUUAUCGUGCCCUGUCUAUCUUAGAUAUAAUCAUACACAUUAUUAAUAUCGGAACAUGGUUAGUGUCCAAUUUCAAAUUUCAUUUAUUUAAAAACUGUCAUGUUUUAAGUUUGUAUAAGUAUAAGUCAGCAUGAAGUUAUUAAUGAACAAUUCCAGUAGUAAAUGAUAGGCCUCUUUCAAUGAGGCCUGACCCAAAAUAAUGUUCUGCCUCCAGUCAGUAAUCCUCUCAUUACUAUAAAUAAUUUCUCAUUGCUAAGCUUGUCAUAAAUUCUGCUCCAAAAACAUACAUUUUUUAGAAAGUAGAUUAAACUGAAGUGAGAAAUAGGAAAUUCUGAAUGGUCCUGCUCUCUCCAAAUACUCAAUAAACACAAUAUGACUUUUAAAACUUUGGCUGAUACCCAGCGUUGUUCCUUGACUAAAUGCUACCUGGGGAACAGUCCACAAAAAUUGCGCCCCUACACACAAAUCUAUUAUAUAAUGUCGGUUAUGUAAUUAACAUGGGCAGAAGUGCCACCCAGGGCAUUGGUCCCCUUUGUCAAUCUUGAGUAUGUCACUGGUCCCCCACACACAAAUCUAUUAUAUAAUGUCGGUUAUGUAAUUAACAUGGGCAGAAGUGCCACCCAGGGCAUUGGUCCCCUUUGUCAAUCUUGAGUAUGUCACUGGUCCCCCACACACAAAUCUAUUAUAUAAUGUCGGUUAUGUAAUUAACAUGGGCAGAAGUGCCACCCAGGGCUUUGGCCCCCUUUGUCAAUCUUGAGUAUGUCACUGGUCACCCACACACACAUCUAUUAUAUAAUGUCGAUACAUCAAUCAAUUAACAUGGGCAAAAGUGCUACCCUGGGAGAUCAUCCCCUUUUCAGUCCCGAGUAUGUUACUGGUCCCGGUUUCAAGCCGUAAAAUUAUGGUUAGCCUAUUCAUGUUUAUUAUGCUCAUAUCAACUACUGGUAACUUUAAAAUAUGAUAGUGACAGGAAAAGAUAUGUACAGAAUUUUUCUGUGUGCAAAUUGUAAGUCAAAUCAAGUUUAUACAAUAAAUAUAUAAAUGAAGAUAUACUAUUGCAAUAAAAAAACAAACUAUUAUUGCAUGCAUGAUGAUGAUGAUUGAGUCCUUUUAUAGUGCUUGUGUUUAUGCUAUGUUAGCAUGCUCACAGUGCUCUAAUUCUAAUGUCCUAAAAUCUAUAUAAAGAAAAAAAGUCUUUAGAUUUAGAUGGUUCUUUGAUGACUUUUUAUCAUUUUCAAUUUCCCUCAAAGAUCGAGGCAAACUAUUCAAAUAAUAAAUUUUAAAAAAUUGCUUAGCCUAGCCCGGGGGAGCCAAAGUGUCUGGCACUCAUGGGUGUAUAUAUGAAAUAAUAAAUGAUGUCUGCAAUGUAUGAUGUUGGGGAAAAGGGGGGGGGGGGAGGGUGCACUUUUGAGAUUUUGCCUCAGGCAGCAUUUAGUCAAGGUAAGCAAGUUUAUUGUUCUGUUUAUGCUUAAAUAUUAUUGUUUUGUUUUCAGAUAUUAUAAGCGCUGCCCUUACAGAUGUUAUAAAAGCAUAUAAUAUAACCAAUUUAUCACGUAUGUUCCGGUACAUUUUAAUACUUUUAUUAUGUACAUUAUCUUCUGAUUAUACUAUAGUUAAUGGAAGAUAACUGCAUUAUGCAAUUUUUUAAAAAAGAUUUUGAAAAUUAAUGUUAAUUAUGACCUAUUUAUUGAAUGGAAAGAAUAUUGUAACAUUGCUAGCGAAAUAACAGCUAAAAAAGAAGAUAUAUUCAGUUCAGCUGAAUUUUGAAAAAUUUAGCCCCCACAAUCAGUCAUCAAUGAGAGAUGACCAACUGAUAUCCUCACACAUAUUUAUCAUAAAAUCAUUGACAGAUAGCCAAGUUACCUCUCAGAGUGUUGAGGAUGGCAUCAUUUCCCCUGUGGCCUCAUCCAGUCUUGGAGGCCAUCUAGGCUCAUUAAGCCAUGGAAUAGCAACAACAGAAUCAGGCAUACACUUACUAAGCUAUGGCGUUGGGAGUUUCAGCUCUUGC